AUGAUGAUGUCCAAAGAACAUAUAACCUUUUUUUGAAAAAUGGCAAUACACUGGAUCUCAUUGAUAUACAUGGAAAACUGAGCUGUACUACAGAAGCAAGCAACCUUUCUUCUGAACACUUGCUUGAAUUUUCUGUCCGAAUGCCACUUUGAAGACGAUGAGUGCAGAAUAGCCUCAGUUUCCACACCAUGUAAGAAUAUGGAUUUAAGAAAGAGGAAAGAAGUUGUACAAAGGAUCUUUUGUUCAUACUUGAGUCUGCUAGUGAAUUCUAAAAAUGAUAUUGCUCUAGCCCAAGUCCUAAACUGCCCAGACAGAGGCCUGGGAAGAGAAGCCUUUACAGACCUUAAACAUGCUGCAAGAAGCAAACAAAUGUCCCUGUUCUUGGUGGCAACUUCAUUUAUAAGGACAUUGGAGCUUGGCGGAAGGGGCUAUGCACCAUCUGAAUCUGAUCCAUUAAGGAAACAUCUGAAGGGCCUUUCUCUGUUUGUUCACUUUAUUGACAAACUCAAUGAAAUUCUUGGAGAAAACACACAAUGCAAGAACUGCAGCAGAGCGCAUUUUGUCAGCGAUAAAGAUGCAUCUUAUAAAGGGUAGAGGCAGUGGGGAUCUGUUCAGUGAAAACUGUGAUGGAGGUUGCAAACAAUUUGGAUCUGAGAAUUAACCUUAUUAAUUUAUCUGUUGAAGUGAAGACUGAGAGCUCCACAGGAAUCAGUCCUGCACGG